AUGCCUCACUCUAGAAGGUACCGCUCGUCGGAGCGCAGCAGCCGCGGCAGCUAUCAUGAGCGCUACAGAAGUCGCAAGCACAAGAGACGGCGGACACGGUCACGAUCGAGCAGCAGCGAGCGUGACCGUCGGCACCGUCGGGAGGACAGUUACCACGUUCGAUCCAGGAGCUACGACGACCACUCAGCAGACAGGAGGGCCUACGACCGGCGUUACUGUGACAGCUACCGUCGGAACGAUUACAGCCGCGAGCGAGGGGAAGCCUACUAUGAACCCGAGUACCGUCAUUCCUACGAGUACCGACGCUCCCGGGACCGCGAGGGCAGCUACCGGAGCUGCAAAAGCAGCCGGCGUAAGCACAGGCGGAGACGGCGCCGCAGCCGGUCCUUUAGUCGCUCCUCAUCGCAGCGGAGUCGACAGAGCAGCAGAAGGGCCAAGAGUGUGGAGGACGACGACGAGGGGCAUCUGAUCUAUCGCGUCGGCGACUGGCUACAAGAAAGAUAUGAGAUUAUUAGCACCUUAGGGGAAGGCACAUUCGGCAGAGUGGUGCAGUGCAUUGAUCACCGGAGGGGUGGUGCACGUGUUGCUCUCAAAAUCAUUAAAAAUGUAGAGAAAUACAAAGAGGCUGCUCGACUGGAAAUUAAUGUCCUGGAGAAAAUCAACGAGAAGGAUCCUGAGAACACAAAUCUCUGUGUCAGGAUGUUUGACUGGUUUGACUACCAUGGCCACAUGUGCAUCUCCUUCGAACUGCUGGGGCUCAGCACCUUUGAUUUCCUGAAGGACAACAACUAUCUGCCUUACCCCAUCCACCAAGUACGGCACAUGGCCUACCAGGUGUGCCAGGCUGUGAAAUUUCUGCAUGACAAUAAGCUCACUCACACUGACCUCAAGCCGGAGAACAUCCUCUUUGUGAACUCUGACUACGAGCUCUCCUAUAACCUGGAAAAGAAGCGGGAUGAGCGGAGCGUGAAGAGCACGGCCAUCAGAGUGGUGGACUUUGGCAGUGCCACGUUUGAUCAUGAGCAUCACAGCACAAUUGUCUCUACCAGGCAUUACCGGGCCCCAGAAGUCAUACUGGAGCUUGGUUGGAGCCAGCCCUGUGAUGUGUGGAGCAUUGGCUGCAUCAUCUUUGAGUAUUAUGUGGGUUUCACCCUGUUUCAGACACAUGACAACCGGGAGCACCUCGCCAUGAUGGAGAGGAUCUUGGGGCCAAUUCCUUCUCGAAUGAUCCGGAAGACGAGGAAACAGAAAUAUUUCUACCACGGCCGCCUGGACUGGGACGAGAACACCUCUGCUGGUCGUUAUGUUAGGGAAAACUGCAAACCACUGCGGCGAUAUCUGACCUCUGAGGCCGAGGACCAUCACCGCCUUUUUGACCUCAUUGAGAGCAUGCUGGAGUACGAGCCGUCCAAGCGCAUCACCCUGGCCGAAGCCCUCAAGCACCCCUUCUUUGACAUGUUGGAGAUGGAGCCGAGCACAAAAAUGUGGGACUCUAGCAGAGACAUCAGCCGGUGACGCCACAGCUGUUAAUAUGUGAGAUACUGUAAAUAGCCCAUAUUCUAUAUCGGCCUCUGAGCACCACGGGCCUGACCUGCUGUUGCUGCUGCCAUUAUCGUGAGGCGAGGCGGCCUGUAUGUCCAUACUGUAAAUACCUCUGUUCAGGUGUUGCUUUGUCUCCUGUUCUCUCCUGCCCUCCUCAGUGUAAAUACUUCAGGACUCACAGCUCUCUGUAGCUUAUCUGUUUCCUUGUAAGUUAUGAAACUGGUGGGACUGCAUGGGAAUUAUUUUUUGGAUC